UAUAACGCGUUCUUCUAUUGUAUAGACAUCAAUGGUGUGACGUUUUUAAGCAGAGGGUAUCUGUCUGCCUCAUUUCUGUUCUCGGAGCAAAGAAACACUCGAUACAACUUGAAAAGGUUAUAAAUAUGUCUGCGACCCCUGGUAGUGGUGGUGCUGGUGCUGGUGGUCAGGAGGAGGACAAGAAGCCUAUGGAUCAAACUGCUCACAUUAAUCUCAAAGUCAAGGGACAGGAUGGCAACGAGAUGUUCUUCAGGAUCAAGAGAAGCACCCAGCUGCGAAAGCUAAUGACUGCAUAUUGUGACAGACAAUCAGUGGAAUUUAACUCCAUUGCAUUUUUAUUUGAUGGGAGAAGACUGCGCGGGGAGCAGACUCCUGAUGAGCUCGAGAUGGAAGAUGGAGAUGAAAUUGAUGCUAUGCUGCACCAAACUGGAGGUGGAGAUGCACACCUUUGAGUACACAUCGGUUAAGUGAAAGGGCCAUGGAAGACAUAGUAGAUGAAUAUAUUAUUUGUCUUGGUUUUGUGAGGAAAGCUAAUGUAAAUGGAAAUGAAACUUGAUGCAGACUUGAAAACAGUUUGAGAGGUUUUUUAUUAUAUAAGUGUAUACUCUUAUGGUUUAUCAAUUUAAGCUUUAAUUUAGUCAUGA